AUGGCAGAAUUACCUCCUAAAAUACCAAACAUGACUCAGAAUUGGUCUAACGCUUUUCUUCCUCACCAAAGAAUGGACACCUUUAUUACUACUACCGCCCAACAACAACAACAACAACAUCAUCAUCAUCAACAUCAACAACCGUGUUGGGUUGACGAGUUUCUAGACUUCGCGUCUGCGAGGCGCGGGGCCCACCGGAGGUCGGUGAGCGAUUCGAUAGCGUUCCUUGAAUCGCCAGUGGUCAUCAUGGAGGAUCAGGAUCAGGAGCAGGAAGGCCGCCGCCAUCAUAACAAUAAUAAUAAUAAUAAUAUUAUGCAUGGAUUUGAAAGGCUGGACGACGAGCAACUGAUCAUGUCGAUGUUCUCCGACGACAUGUCGUUGUCCGCUGCCGCGGGGGCUGUGGCGGGGGAGGGGGCGCCGCCUGCGGUGUCGUCGUCCAACCCGUCAACGCCGUCCGACCAGAACAGCAACAACGACGGGAUCAAGCCAACAAUGGCGUUACAUCAGCCUCAUGAUCAGCAGCCCAAGACCGAACCGGGAGAGGUUGAGAGCCCUUGCGAAGGUGAUCCACACGCGCCGCCGCCGCCACAGCCCUUGUCAACCGAUUCUAUCAUCGACCCGAAGAGGGUAAAAAGAAUCUUGGCUAAUCGGCAAUCCGCGCAAAGGUCAAGAGUGAGAAAGCUACAAUACAUCUCAGAGCUUGAACAUAGCGUAACAGCAUUGCAGUCUGAGGUAUCGGCAUUAUCGCCAAGAGUAGCAUUUUUGGACCACCAGAGGUUGAUUCUUAAUGUUGACAAUAGCGCACUUAAGCAACGGAUUGCUGCUUUGGCUCAAGAUAAGAUUUUCAAAGACGCUCACCAAGAGGCACUAAAGAAGGAAAUAGAGAGACUAAGGCAAGUGUACCACCAACAAAACCUAAAGAAGAAGAAUAUGCAGCAGCAGCAGCAGGAGGGAAUUAACCAAAACUCACACCCACCACCGCCGUCCACUGAUCAGCAAAACUCAGAUAUUGCCUUGGCCACUACUUGUACGGGCAAGGAGCAGAUUUCUAUACAUUCAUGA